AUGGAUGCACAGCGCACCACCGAGCUCGAGCCCGCCUCAGGCGAGAACACCUCAUUUUCAACUCAGCAGGAGCGCCACCACCGCCGCCGCGGGCCUCCCGCCCGCCGACCCACUAACCCCCCUGCACCCCGCGUGGCUCCGCCGAUCCCUCCUGGGGGCUCGCACCCGUCGCCCGCGCAGCAGCAGGCCAACAACUUCGACCGUCUGCCCCUUGGCAGCACGCUGAAGUCUCGCAGGGGGAGGAAAGUAGUAUGGAGGAAGAUCAAGGGGGCCGCUAGGAAAUGGUGGAGUAAGCGGCACAAGAUCACGAGCAUGCGUGAGGAGGGAGAUGAAGGCGGCCCUUCAUGA